AUGCUCGGCCCUUGUUCUUCCAUCACCCCGCCCCAUUCUCCCGCUUUCCAUCACCCCGCCAUAUUCUCCCGCUUUCAAUCACCACGCCCCAUUUUCCAGCUUUCCAUCACCCCGCCCUACUCUCCAACUUUCCAUCACCCCGCCCCAUUCUCCCGCUUUCCAUCACCCCGCCCCAUUCUCCCGCUUUCAAUCACCACGCCCCAUUUUCCAGCUUUCCAUCACCCCGCCCCACUCUCCAACUUUCCAUCACCCCGCCCCAUUCUCCCGCUUUCCAUCACCCCGCCCCAUUCUCCCGCUUUCCAUCACCCCGCCCCAUUCUCCCUCUUUCUAUCACCCCGCCCCAUUCUCCCGCUUUCCAUCACCCCGCCCCGUUCUCCCGCUUUUCAUCACCGCGCCCCAUUCUCCCGCUUUCCUUCACCCCGUUCCAUUCUCCCGCUUUCCAUCACCCUGCCCCAUUCUCCCGCUUUCCAUCUCCCCGCCCCAUUCUCCCGCUUUCCAUCACCACGCCCCAUUUUCCCACUUUCCAUCACCCCGCCCCACUCUCCAACUUUCCAUCACCCCGCCCCAUUCUCCCGCUUUCCAUCACCCCGCCCCAUUCUCCCGCUUUCCAUCACCCCGCCCCAUUCUCCCAAUUUCAAUCACCACGCCCCAUUUUCCAGCUUUCCAUCACCCCGCCCCACUCUCCAACUUUCCAUCACCCCGCCCCAUUCUCCCGCUUUCCAUCACCCCACCCCAUUCUCCCGCUUUCCAUCACCCCGCCCCAUUCUCCCUCUUUCCAUCACCCCGCCCCAUUCUCCCGCUUUCCAUCACCCCGCCUCGUUCUCCCGCUUUUCAUCACCCCGCCCCAUUCUCCCGUUUUCCUUCACCCCGUUCCAUUCUCCCGCUUUCCAUCACCCUGCCCCAUUCUCCCGCUUUCCAUCACCCCGCCCCAUUCUCCCUCUUUCCAUCACCCCACCCCAUUCUCCCGCUUUCCAUCACCCCGCCCCAUUCUCCCGCUUUCGAACACCCCGCCCAAUUCUCCCGCUUUUCAUCACCCCGCCCCAUUCUCCCGCUUUCCUUCACCCCGUUCCAUUCUCCCGCUUUCCAUCACCCCGCCCUAUUCUCCAGCUUUCCAUCACCCCGCCCCGUUCUCCCUCUUUCCAUCACCCCGCCCCAUUCUCUCGCUUUCCAUCACCCCGACCCAUUCUCCAACAUUCCAUCACCCCGCCCCAUUCUCCCGCUUGCCAUCACCCCGCCCCAUUCUGCCGCUUUCCAUCACCCCGCCCCAUUCUCCCGCUUUCCAUCACCCCGCCCCAUUCUCCCGCUUUCCAUCACCCCGCCCCAUUCUCCCGCUUUCCAUCACCCCGCCCCAUUCUCCCGCUUUCCAUCACCACGCCCCAUUUUCCCGCUUUCCAUCACCCCGCCCCACUCUCCAACUUUCCAUCACCCUGCCCCAUUCUCCCGCAUUCCAUCACCCCGCCCCAUUCUCCCGCUUUCCAUCACCCCGCCUCAUUCUCCCGCUUUCCAUCACCCCGCCCCAUGCUCCCGCUUUCCAUCACCCUGCCCCAAUCUCCCGCUUUCCAUCACCCCGCCCCAUUCUCCCGCUUUCAAUCACCACGCCCCAUUUUCCAGCUUUCCAUCACCCCGCCCCACUCUCCAACUUUCCAUCACCCCGCCCCAUUCUCCCGCUUUCCAUCACCCCGCCCCAUUCUCCCGCUUUCCAUCACCCCGCCCCAUUCUCCCUCUUUCCAUCACCCCGCCCCAUUCUCCCGCUUUCCAUCACCCCGCCCCGUUCUCCCGCUUUUCAUCACCCUGCCCCAUUCUCCCGCUUUCCUUCACCCCGUUCCAUUCUCCCGCUUUCCAUCACCCUGCCCCAUUCUCCCGCUUUCCAUCACCCCGCCCCAUUCUCCCGCUUUCCAUCACCACGCCCCAUUUUCCCGCUUUCCAUCACCCCCCCCCCCCUCUCCCCCUUUCCAUCACCCCGCCCCAUUCUCCCGCUUUCCAUCACCACGCCCCAUUCUCCCGCUUUCCAUCACCCCGCCCCAUUCUCCCUCUUUCCAUCACCCCGCCCCAUUCUCCCGCUUUCCAUCACCCCGCCCCGUUCUCCCGCUUUUCAUCACCCCGCCCCAUUCUCCCGUUUUCCUUCACCCCGUUCCAUUCUCCCGCUUUCCAUCACCCUGCCCCAUUCUCCCGCUUUCCAUCACCCCGCCCCAUUCUCCCUCUUUCCAUCACCCCACCCCAUUCUCCCGCUUUCCAUCACCCCGCCCCAUUCUCCCGCUUUCCAACAACCCGCCCAAUUCUCCCGCUUUUCAUCACCCCGCCCCAUUCUCCCGCUUUCCUUCACCCCGUUCCAUUCUCCCGCUUUCCAUCACCCCGCCCUAUUCUCCAGCUUUCCAUCACCCUGCCCCGUUCUCCCUCUUUCCAUCACCCCGCCCCAUUCUCUCGCUUUCCAUCACCCCGCCCUAUUCUCCAACAUUCCAUCACCCCGCCCCAUUCUCCCGCUUGCCAUCACCCCGCCCCAUUCUGCCGCUUUCCAUCACCCCGCCCCAUUCUCCCGCUUUCUUUCACCCCGCCCCAUUCUCCCGCUUUCCAUCACCCCGCCCCAUUCUCCCGCUUUCCAUCACCCCGCCCCAUUCUCCCGCUUUCCAUCACCACGCCCCAUUUUCCCGCUUUCCAUCACCCCGCCCCACUCUCCAACUUUCCAUCACCCGGCCCCAUUCUCCCGCUUUCCAUCACCCCGCCCCAUUCUCCCGCUUUCCAUCACCCCGCCUCAUUCUCCCGCUUUCCAUCACCCCGCCCCAUGCUCCCGCUUUCCAUCACCCCGUCCAGAAUUGGAAGAACAAGGACCCAGCGUGUGCAGAAUUCGAAGAACAAGGGCCCAGCAAUUGGAAGAACAAGGGCCCAGCGUGUGCAGAAUUAGAAGAACAAGGUCCCAUCGUGUGCUGA